UUUAGCGUUGCACACAACACAGAUGCACAUAACGUGAAUCAAGCAUGGUCUGGUUCGAGUUCGACUUAUUAACAAUGUAUUCUAUUUGAAAUAGUUGCAUUGCGCACUAAAACGGAUUUUGGAUUUGCACAUUGAAAGGACGAAAUAUCUUCAGCUCGUACUGACGGAAGACACGUUGGUUUGUACAACUGCAUGCGAUUGUUAGCUGACGACUCCUGCUAGGGGUUGCAACUACGUGUCUUAUGUCUGUCAGUCGGAAUACCGUCUUUAUUUUUGUUUCCCAUUCUUGGACACGUGUAUUUUACAGAACUGCAAUUGUUGAGAGUGGAUUACACUUAGGCUGAAGGCAGAGACUGUUUUAUUCUGCAGUACGUGACAGCAUAGUAAAGUAGUAGGCCUAUCUGAAAACUUAGCAAGACUGACACUACUCACAAAAUGUCUCAAGCGCCGUCUAAAGCGUCCCAGGGUGCUGUUAACUCUGCGGGGGCUAAUAAGAAAAAGACAGGUAAAGACAAAAGGAAGAAGUUCAUGAAAGCCCAAAAGAAAACGCCCAUGGAGAAACAGAAGAUGACUUGGGGACCUCCAAAGGACACACAGCAGUUCUCUUCGAACUGGAAAAAUCUGCUUGAGAUCAUGAAGUCAAAUCCCGAUAACUCAAAGCAGAAGGAGCCGCAGAAAACAAACCCAAAUGGCAAGAAAGACAAUCUUCAAAAAAGGAAAGCAAAGGACAGUGCCAAGCCAGAACAAACGCCUGGUUCUGACACCAAACAAAACCAAGGUCCUACAAAGUCCUUCAAAAAUGACAGAGGAGGUGAAGCUGGAAAGGCAGAAAACAAAGCCAACAAGAGGAAAGUGAACGGCAGCCUCCCCGAGAGCAACAAACAGGUUACGAAAAAAAGGAAGAUUGAGGAACCAGCUGAAAAGAAACCUACUGAGGAAGACCUCUGGUUUGAUGAUGUGGAUCCUGAUGACAUCGAGACUGCUGUGGGGCAAGAGGCUGCCGACAUAGUGCGAAGGAGGACAGGUGUGAAGCCGACGGACGCACAGAGCACAGAAAAGGCACUUGUGAAGGAGCACUGCUUUGAGGGGGUGACAAGAGCCGUAGCCAUGGACUGUGAAAUGGUGGGCGUGGGUCCUGAGGGUGAGGAGAGUAUCCUGGCACGCUGCUCCAUGGUCAACCAGUUUGGCAAGUGCAUCUACGACAAGUUUGUGCGGCCCACUGAGAGGGUGACUGACUACAGGACGGCGGUCAGCGGCAUCAGGCCAGAUGACAUCAGGGAAGGCGAAGAUUUCAAAAUUGUACAGAAGGAGGUGGCUGAGAUUUUGGAUGGACGAGUUCUGGUGGGCCACGCCAUCCACAAUGACCUAAAGGUUCUGCUGCUUGACCACCCCAAGAAAAAGAUCCGUGACACUCAGAAAUACAAGCCCUUCAGGAAGCUUGUCAGGAGUGGCCGUCCGUCUCUUAAGGUCCUCUCUCGCGAGAUCCUCAACGUCAAAGUGCAGCAGGGGGAGCAUUCAUCGGUCCAGGAUGCUCAGGCCACUAUGCGUCUGUACACCAUGGUGAAAAAGGACUGGGAGAAGUAUGUGAAAGAGGGAAAACUCCACGGCGUUGCGGAGAGGGAGAAAGCCAUUCGUAAGCCCAGAGCCCCUAAGAAGAAGAUGACCACAGUACAGGCCAACACCGUAAUAGCGCUGUAGUCCAGAAGAGAAUAGCAGUGAUCUGCAACAGACUGAAAUGUCAGGCCUCCUCGGAGGGCCAGGUGGAUUUAACAUGUUACCUGGUGGAUCUCCACAGCCCUCUCUGUGAGCAGGGCUUUAAUGGGAGAGGACGAGGCUCACCAAAAUGGAUACAACAAAAGACUGUCAGAUUGUUCAGGGGUUCUUGUUCAUCCGUGUUGUGGUCAACUCCAUUUUCUACAGUAGCAUUUUUGAACUGAUUGCCAACAUUAUCGAGUGGACUUCACCACUGAAUCUACAAUACUUUGAAGUUGUGUUCAUGCGUGGAAAUGUGCCUUAGGAGUUCCUCUAGAAAUUUGAACCAUGAAUAAAACCAGACCAUCACCAUGA